AUGAUGGCCUCUCUUUCGCAGUGUUUGUUAAUUUUGCACUGCACCUCGCGUAGAACCUGGUGGCCAUCCAUGUCGGUCACCCAAACAUCGGCAUCCCUGACCCAGUUUACGCGGUCCUUCUUGCUUACAGGGCUGCGGAGGUUUGAUGAUGAUGACGCAGGCCACCGAACGGCAUGGAAAAUCAGACAGACCUACCUCGAGGAUUGGCCAGGGCGUGUGGCACUUGUGGUUGGUGGCUCCAACGACAUGCGCAGUGUCCGAAGCGCCAAUGAAAGUGCUUUGAAAGAAGCGGGAGUCAAGACGAAAUGCUUACAUGGCAGAACCGAGAGAGAUCAAAAUAGGCUGCCACCAAGGUGCCUGCUUCUGAUCACCGAAACACUCUUCAGCAAGUCGCGGAUGGAGCUACGCAAUUCCUUGGACCUAGUCUUCGAUGUGUGCGAAAUCCACAGAGUUCUGCAGAGGAAAGAGGAGGGUUGUGGUUGGAGUGAUGUCUUGGUAACCUUGCGCAUCACACAGCAAGAGCAGGGACGACGUGGAGGAAUGCUUCGCACGAAGUACUGCCCGGAUUUCAGCACCGAUAGCCUUCCAGAGGAAAACCCAGAGCCGUGGAGGAAGGAAAAGAAGCAAGACAUGGUGUCCCCUCCGCUCAAGAAGUACCUGGGCCUUCGCUUUCCGGCUGUCGACUUCGAUGGUCCCAUGGAGAGGAACUUGGUGAAUCUUCUCUCCGGGCACUCGCCUCCCGGCCAUUCACAAGUACCAGGCUCCAGCCUGUGGACAGUUCGCCGCGACCAAGAGCUCUCCUUCAAUCAGCUGCCCAUUUGUCAUCUUCUGAACGAGUCUCUCAGGUCAAGCAACAACUGCAGCGAGCGCAUGGCAUGCCUUGUUGCCGCUUGCGUUCUCCAGCUGGUCUCCAGCAAAGGCUUCGAGCUGCUCUUUCGUGACAGGGCGAUGCUGGACAAAUGUGACGGUGACGUGCGCUGGUUGUGGAGUUUGGUCGAGGCCCCCAAGUUCCUGCAGACUUUCCUGACAUCAGCUGGGAAGCAUGACAUGGUGUGCACCCUUGUGGUCAUGGUAGUGCAGUGGAUGACGGAAGACCCUGGAAUGCCCCAUGAGAGCAGGCACGAGGAACUUCGCAAUCUUGCUGGCCAAUCCUUUGCAGAUUUUGCUGAACGAGUUCUUCGUCAGAAUGCAGCUGGGCAGCUUGCCGAAGUCGUAGGUUGGUUGCUAUCGGAGAUCAUGAAGCUUGCGCAGGAAGUGGUCGACGAAGCCCUGAGGUUCGAGUGGUUGCCAUGGUACGGUACCAGUGACCUCAGUCGACAGGACAUUCUCAACCUUGAUGCUCCUAGCAUUCUUCCCUUCCUUCGAUCGCAAUUCUGCCUGGCAGGUGUGGUUCAGUGCCAGCGAGUUGAAGGCUUUUCCGAGUUCUUCAAUGACGAGGCUGGCAUGCAUCAACUCGCUUGGAAGCUUGAGGUGAACAGUGCAAAGUUCAGCCACCUGCAAGUUUGUCACGAUACCGGAAACAUCCGGGUGGUGUAUGCGCCCAAAGAUUCACACUAUGCCAAGCUCCGGAAUCCCAUCGAGUGGAACAGGCCGCUUCUCAAGACAGUGAUCCUGCAUUACCUCCAGCCUGAGCCGCGUGACGAUGGCGUCGAUUCGGCAACCUUCCAGACUUCCGGAAACAGCCCGCUUGCAGCCGCGAUUUUGAGCAAGUUGGUGGCAGCAACGAGCAUGUUCUUGGUGUUGGCAGAGCUCUCGCAGCAUGUUCAGGAAGAUGAGGAAGGCGAGCGGCACGAUGGCAUCCCCGCACAAGAUUCAGACUGCUGCUUCGCACACAUGCUCAAGGCAGGUGUGUUGAAUGAGCUUUCUGACGCAUUUUCCUCUGGACGGAUUGGCUCAUCGGAAGGCAUCCAAGAGGAAGACCGAUCAAGAGUUUUGCCUGCGGAGGACGAGUCUGCCGGCGAGACGGAUGCUGUGGCACUUCGUGGCCAAGGCUCGGUGCCUCAGGAAGAAAGCUCGCCGUCACAUGUCCUGCGCUUGCCAUGCACGCCACCAGGCAUCAUCAAUCCGUACACGAGAAAGGAGCUGGUCGUGCUUGCUCUGAACCGCUUUAUGACGCCAGUUCUGUUGAGUGUUACAGCACCGGUCCUCUUGCUUGACGGCGAACUGCAGGCUGUUUCUAAGAAGCCAGGGUGCAUCUCCUCAGAACCUGCGUCGGAAGCAUGA